AUGACCUCUCUAGACACCGUUGACAUCCGAGUGGUGGGCUUGGGGGUACAAUAUCCAGAGAAUCGAAUCAGUCCCGACGAUCUUGACGACUUGAUCGAUCGCCAUUAUCCGGAUUCGAAGACUCUGAAGAAGCUCUCCAUCAUCAAUCGUUCAACAAAGAUAAACUCAAGACCCGCCAUACUUCAGACCGCCGACGAGAUUCUAAAUCGAAAAUCACCUCCCUCAAUAGCAGAGCUCGACAAAGUGUUCCUGAGCGAAGGCGUGAAACUCUCAGUCACUGCCUGCCAACAGGCCCUCAAGAACUGGGGAGGAGAUGCCGUCGAGAUAACGCACAUGGUCUCGGUGACAUGCACCAACACAGCAAACCCAGGAUACGACCAUUACGUCGCCGAAGAGCUGGGGUUGUCGCAUUAUGUCGAGCGGACGCUACUUCAUGGCGUUGGCUGCUCAGGGGGGAUUCUGGCUAUGAGGACAGCGUGCACCCAGGCGUUGGCAGCUACGGCGGUGGGCAGGAAGGCUCGGGUGCUUGUUCUCGCCUGCGAGCUUUGCAGUUUGUUCGGCCGGUCGGAGCUUGAGAGUGCGUAUCAAGAGCGAAAGACAAGUGUAGGCGUGUGUUUGUUUAGUGACUGUGCUUCGGCGUGCAUCAUCAGCAAUGGCAUUGGGGAAGGAGAGAAAGGUCGGAGAUUCCAUUCCGCAGAACGCCAAUCCACACUUCGAGUCCGAGGAUGGCAUGGGGAGAGUAUCAAGCAUUCGAGCGAAGAUCUGGGCUUUCACGCUGAUCCAUGUGGCUGGAAAUUCGUCCUCUCUCCACGAGUGCCAGGUAUCGCCGCCAAAGCCAUCAGACCGGCGUACCAAUCGCUUGUCGCUGCUAUUCCAUCGAUACACACAUUGGCUGGAGGGUUACCUUCAACGAAAGAUUUCAACUGGGCUGUUCACCCAGGCGGUUCAUCAAUCCUCGCAGGCGUUCAAGACGCUUUAGACCUUCGAGUCCAGGAUAUGGCUGCGAGUUGGCAUGUGUACCUCGAGAACGGCAACAGCUCGAGUGCCACGAUUCUCAGCGUAUUGAAUCAGUUAUGGCAGAAGAGUAGCCAGGACAGUCCACUGUCAACAGAGCCGGAGUGCAAGGCUCGGGUGGUAAUGGCACCAUAG